AGAACAGGGUUGAAGUUGCGCCUGCGCAGUUGCACAGCGGAACCAAGCCUAAAAUCCAAAAUGGCCGGUGCAGAGGGAGACGAUUCGCUGUAUCCUAUUGCUGUUUUAAUCGACGAAUUAAGGAAUGAAGAUGUCCAAUUGCGCUUGAACAGCAUCAAAAAGCUGUCGACUAUUGCCUUGGCCCUGGGUGUUGAGAGGACACGCACAGAGCUCCUGCCCUUCCUGACUGACACUAUUUAUGAUGAGGAUGAGGUGCUACUUGCCCUGGCUGAGCAGCUGGGGAACUUCACCAUGCUGGUCGGUGGGCCGGAGUAUGUGCACUGCCUCCUGCCACCACUAGAGAGCCUGGCCACUGUGGAGGAGACUGUGGUUCGAGAUAAAGCCGUGGAGUCACUGCGCAAAAUCUCUCAGGAGCACUCCCCUGUAGACCUAGAGGUGCACUUUGAGCCCCUAGUGAAACGACUGGCUAGCGGUGACUGGUUCACAUCCCGCACCUCUGCCUGUGGCCUGUUCAGUGUCUGCUACCCACGUGUCUCCAGCACUGUCAAGGCAGAGAUCCGCCAGUACUUCCGUACCCUUUGCUCAGAUGAUACACCCAUGGUGAGACGUGCUGCUGCUUCCAAACUGGGCGAGUUUGCCAAGGUGCUGGAGCUGGAUUAUGUAAAGAGUGACAUCAUCCCACUUUUUACAGCACUGGCUUCUGACGAGCAGGACUCUGUGCGUCUUCUAGCAGUCGAAGCUUGCGUCAGCAUUGCCACCCUGCUGCCUCAGGAAGACCUGGAGGGUCUUGUGAUGCCCACACUGCGUCAGGCUGCUGAGGAUAAGUCAUGGAGGGUGCGCUACAUGGUGGCAGACAAGUUCUCUGAGUUGCAAAAAGCAGUGGGUCCAGAAAUCACCAAGAACGAUUUGGUCCCAGCAUUUCAGAGUUUACUGAAAGAUUGCGAGGCAGAGGUGCGGGCCGCAGCUGCAAAUAAAGUAAAAGAAUUCUGUGAAAAUUUGCCAGAAGACAGCCGAGAGAAUAUCAUCAUGAAUCACGUCCUGCCUUGUGUCAAGGAGCUGGUGUCAGACACAAAUCAGCAUGUGAAGUCUGCCCUGGCCUCUGUCAUCAUGGGGCUCUCCACUAUCCUGGGCAAGGACAACACCGUGGAGCAUCUGCUGCCUCUUUUCCUGGCCCAGCUGAAGGACGAGUGUCCCGAAGUGCGUCUGAACAUCAUCUCCAACCUGGACUGCGUGAACGAGGUGAUAGGUAUUCGCCAGCUUUCCCAGUCUCUGCUGCCUGCUAUUGUGGAAUUAGCUGAAGAUGCCAAAUGGAGGGUGCGUCUGGCCAUCAUUGAGUACAUGCCACUGCUGGCAGGCCAGUUGGGAGUGGAGUUCUUCGAUGAGAAGCUGAAUUCUCUGUGCAUGGCGUGGCUGGUAGACCAUGUUUAUGCUAUCCGGGAGGCGGCCACCUGUAACCUCAUGAAGCUGGUGGAGAAGUUUGGAGCAGAAUGGGCUCAGAACACCAUCGUGCCCAAAGUGCUCGGCAUGGCUAAUGACCCCAACUACCUGCACAGGAUGACCACGCUCUUCUGCAUCAAUGCCCUUUGUGAGGCCUGUGGGCAGGAGAUCACAACCAAACACAUGCUACCCAUUGUCUUAAAGAUGUCCAAUGACCAAGUUGCCAACGUGCGCUUUAACGUGGCCAAAUGCCUACAGAAAAUCGGACCAGUUGUAGACAACAACUCCCUGCAAACGGAGGUGAAGCCAGUUUUAGAGAAGCUCGCCACAGACCAAGAUAUGGACGUGAAAUACUUUGCUCAGGAAGCUAUAAGUGUUCUUGCCUUGGCCUGAACAUCUCUCCUUGGGUUUACCAGAUCAACCACAACAAAGCAAGACUACUUGCAUUCUAUUUAUUGGUGAUUUUUGAAUGGUUGUGUACUAAAGUCUGUGUAGCUCGUAUUUACUCUCCAUGGUAUUGACUGAUCAAAGGGUGCACCCAUGCUCGUGCUGUAAAUUUCUGCUUCAACCACAGUGACACUGGAGUUAGGUAAUGCAUGAUGGGAUAGUGUGUUCUCCUGGAUUGCAACUGCACCACAUGUUCGUGUUCUCCUCGCUCUCUCUCUCUCACUCAUUAAACACCAUUGAGCUGAGCUGGGUGUGGCGGGAGCCAGGAAAACGACUAAAGUGUGCAGAGAAGAAGGACUUAAGGACCAGGAUUAGGUAACAUUUUUAUGAAAGCAUUUAGUACAGGAACACAGUUGUGUUUUCAGGAACAUGGUCAAUAACUGGAAAAAUCCCUUAACCACUUAUUGACCAUUUUUAAGACUAAAAUCGUCUCUUAUGCGCUUUAGUAAAGUAAGUCUCCAUAAGUAAAAUCCUCCGAACUACCUCUGUCUUCUUUUAAGAGCCAUUUCUUAGCUAAAAUUCGGAACACGUCCACUUCAAAGCCCUGCUUUUCACAGACCGAAGCUCAUGCAGGCGAUAUGAAAUGUUUUGCUUUUGGUAGAGCUCUCUGCACGUGGUGCUUCGCUAUUCAACAUGGGACCAUUGCGUUGUGUAAUUUCUCCUGUAACAGAUGUCGCCCUUGCGUUAGUUUCUCUGGUUUCAUUUGCAUUUUUGUUUUGUUUUUGGGUCCUUUUUCCAGUCCUCUGGGUCUUAUGUGCCAAUGAUGGUUAGGAAUGCAUUUAGAUUUUUAAGAGGUUGUAUGUUUAGGUAAAAAAAAUAAACAUUUUUUUUUCUUUCAGUGGAAACGUGUGACUUAUGUUUCAGUGUAAUGAAAAAAAUGACCCCUGUAUAGAAGUAGGCGUGUGUUUUAAGAUGAUUAAGUACUGACGAUCAGCAAUAUGUGAGAGGAAAACACUGUCCAACAUCCGCCAUGCUUCUUACAGAGCAGGUCAUGACAAUAACUUGUACUCAACCUCUGGAAGGCUGAUGAAUUCUUUUAAACGGGACAGAGGGAAAGGAUGUAUUAUUUUUACCAUUAUAAACAGCUAUAGCAUCAGAUCCUGAGUAAACCUUUUGUUCAUGUUCAGUAUCAUGAGUACCCCCUUUUUAAACUACUUUACUGUACUUUUGGAACCAAAUAAAUUGAAUAAACAUGGGUUCUGCUCUUCAUGUCA